AUGGCUGAAAGGAACAACACAAAGGUGACAGAAUUCAUUCUUUUGGGCUUUUCCGUUGCUAGAGAUAUUGAAAUUGUUCUCUUUCUGCUCAUUUUAGCCAUAUACACUGUAACUUUGGUGGGGAAUGUUGGGAUGAUUUCAUUAAUCCGCUUGGAUUCCCGGCUUCACACACCCAUGUACUUUUUCCUCAGUAACCUGGCGUUCGUAGACCUUUGCUACUCCUCAUCAGUAGCCCCCAAGUUCCUGGAGAUUCUCUUGACCAGACACAGGUCCAUAUCUUUCUACGCAUGUGCAACGCAGCUGGGUUUGUUCUUGAACUUCUUGAUUUCAGAGAUGGUACUCCUUGCAGUAAUGGCUUAUGAUCGCUAUGUGGCCAUUUGCAAUCCACUUCUCUACAUGGUGGUUAUGUCUCCAAAGGUGUGUAUGCAGCUGGUAUUGGGCCCCUACUUAUACAGCUUUUCUGUUGCAUUGCUCCAUACAAUAGUUACUUUCCAAUUGAUAUAUUGUGGCCCCAAUAUAAUCAAUCACUUCUAUUGUGAUGAUGUCCCUUUGAUGGCCCUUGCCUGCUCAGAUACCAACCUCAAAGAGAUUCUGAUAUUUAUCUUUGCUGGAUUCAACAUGAUAAGUUCUUUGACCACUGUUCUUAUCUCUUAUGUAUACAUCGUGGCUGCCAUCUUGAGAAUACAGUCGUCAGAAGGGAGAUGCAAAGCUUUCUCAACUUGUGCCUCUCAUCUGACAGCUGUGACCAUAUUCUAUGGGACUCUAAUCUUCAUGUACCUUCAGCCAAAAUCAAACCAUUCCCUCGACACAGACAAAAUGGCCUCAGUUUUCUACACAAUAGUCAUCCCCAUGCUCAACCCUAUGAUCUACAGCUUGAGAAAUCAGGAGGUGAAGAAUGCCUUGAGGAAAACCAUUGAACAAGGUUACAACCUGCCUCUAAAACACCUUAAAAAAGGCAUUUCCUGA